AUGACUGUGGCCCCACGAUCGUACUACUUCUUGGAGAAAGUGGAGAAGAUUCUCAAGGCGGAGUUAAAGAGCAACUACUGCUCCUUGUAUUUGAGCAGUGCAGAUCUGGGGGCUUACAAAAAGGGAUUCGGGAAGUGUCCCCCGGACGAGCGAGACGACGAAGUUCAGAAGAUACAAACCGUGGAGCUGAUCGUUGUUUGCAAGAACUCGCGAGAUGCCCUUGGUGACAAGGGGUCAAGGAUAAGGUUCAUGCAGCACAAGAUCAACGUUGCUUUCGGCUUCGACGAAUCAUUUCUUCAGCUUUUUGUUGAAAGACGUGAACGUGAGUUUGUGCCUUCACUCCGAAAAGGCAAAUGGAAAGGAAAAGGCGGUGAUUUCAGCGAUGUCAGUGAAGACGAGGCAGAGGUGCCAGCUCCGAAGCCCAAAGCAAAGCCAAAACCAAAACCAACCAGCCAUGUGGAGCCAGAUUUCAGCACCGAAGAGUGGAAGGAAUGUGCAAUCCGUGGCGCGCGGCUAUGGAGGACGUUGCCGUCAUCUCGCUCCAACGAUGCCAUUGACACAGUCCUUCAGCCGCUCCGGGAUCGCGCGAUGUACGCCAUGCGUUUGUGGCGCGAGUACAACCUCAGGAAGGCCCCACGACCCAUGAGGAGCCGCGAGUCGGAGACAAAGCGGGACCCGCCGUGGGAGGAGACCUGGGGCGUGCCUGACCAAAGCUGGGAUGGCGGUGUCGGCGUGUCCGAUUGGGGUGAUGAUAACUUUGGAGACAGUUGGGCGGCUCCUGAUCCAGCACAGAGUGGUCCAGCUGCACGGCCGACGACAAGUAAGGACUUUGUGGUCAAAGACUUUGCCGACGAUUCAGAUGUUCAUCUCAAUCUGGACGCGGGCACGGCAACCUGCGCUGAAGCGUUGCAGUGUCUUCAAGAAGUCCGGACCUUUGGAAAGAACGUGAGCCCCAAAUUGGUGCUCCUCCCGAGCGGAAAAGAGCUGCACUCCGGGUACCGCCUCUCUGAGAUCCCGCAAGGAGAAACAUUAAAAUUUAUGGCUAUCACGGAGCGACGUUGA